CAUUAAAUUGUCAUGAGAUAACGUUGAUAUUUUAACGGAAGGACCAAAUCAGGGUAAAAAUGGUAAACAGUAGAAAUGAGAGGAGAUCAACUGAUCAAGAUCAGGCCAUUACAAUUAUUUCUAAAAAUAAAAUUAGACAGAAAAGAUUAAUACCUUCUGGACUGACUUUAUUGACAAGUUUCCGGUGGCCGGACCUGGCAGAAACCAGAGGUUUCUCCACGGGUAAGAGAAUCUCCACUGGAAUCUCCGACGAAUUCAUCCUGCUCAGCGGAUUCCACUCGGAUUUCGAGGUCACCAACUCAUCUCCAUUAAGACCUUCAACCACCACAUUCUUAUCCUCCACAAAAUCACCAGCCUCCACCGCUUCUCUCUGCUUCUGCUUAAACACCACAACGCUCGGCUCCACCGCACCGAAAUCCGAUCUACUACUCUUCACCUCGUACUCGAACGCCGGACGCCACGAUGGUGAUGAUGAUACCGUUUACUAUAACAUACUAAAACGGCGGCCGGCGCCAGGAAGCCACCGAAAUGGCCUGUGUUAGGCAGAAAAAUUAGGGUGUAGGAGAGGAUAAUUUCAUUAGUAGUUCAAUGACUUCUGCCAAGGCCCGUUU